GUACCGGUUUAAUGCGAAUUCUCCUCGAUGUUCAUCCCUCUGUAAGAUGUGGUCCUGAACCAGUGGUGACAACCUCUUUGUUACGCUUGAAAAUGUUAUCUGAAUACAAUAUGUUCCAGUUGGAGGCGGCUGGUAUCUAUACGCAUGUUUUUAAUCGUGCUAUUGCAGCGUUUAUCAGUGAAAUCGUCAUCAAUAUGGGAGAAUCCGCUGAUCGUCUGUGUCAUAAACAACCAUUUUCAUUUUAUUAUCUAAAAUAUUUAUAUGAAAUAUUUCCAAGAUCGAAAUUUAUUCAUAUGACACGAGAUGGACGAGCUGCUGUGGCCUCUACCAUAAGACGUCAAGUGAAUCCACUCUAUGUAUCCAGCAAGCCAGAGAAAGCAUUUGGUUAUUGGGAGAAUUUAACAACGAUUAUAUUGGAUGAAUGUCGACGUAUUGGUUCAUCACGUUGUAUCACUGUUCGAUAUGAAGAUUUAAUUUUAAAUACAAAAUAUGAAAUUCAAAGAGUGUUAAAUUUUCUCGAUCUACCCUGGGAUCCAAUAGUUUUAAAACAUGAAACUGUUAUCGACAAGAUAUCUCAACUUAGUCCCUAUGAAGCCAGUUCAAAACAAGUUGUGAAUAAAAUUCAUCGAAACUCCUUGUUGUCAUGGCUAGAAAAUAAUGAUACGAUUUUACCAAAACAACUGAUUGAAACAAUUCAUUUAAAAAGUAAAAUGCUACACCAGUUAGGCUAUGCACAAAUUGGUUUCCCGCCAAAUUAUUCUUUAUUAAAACCGAUUGAAUAAUGAAUGAUAGCAUUUGAAAUAAGAUUUAAUCUGUGAAUAGCUUGCUUAAUUGCUUAUUUAUUCAUUUAUGAAGAUAAAUAUAUAUGUAAAUUUUUU